CAACCAUCCAACGCCUUUAGGGGUCCUCGGGAAUUAAAUGAGAUAAAUUGUCCUCUGCACACCUGGAGACUUUUUCACAGUAUCCUGGCCAUUUCCACCUCAUCCUCAUAGAGGCAUAGUGAGGUACAUAUCACCAUGGGAUCAUCAAUAACACUAUACACACGCAAGUUGUCGCGCAGAAGCCACCGCAAGACUCGUUCCGGCUGUCAGAAUUGCAAAAGGCGAAAGAUCAAGUGCAACGAGACAAAGCCAGAAUGUGGCAAUUGCAUCCGCCACUCAAUCGACUGUGACUUCAGUACCCAAUCAGAAGAUCCUUCUGCAGCGUCAUCUGAAAGCAGUCCAACAGGCCCAUCAACAUCUGACACGCCUGAUGGCGGCUAUACCUACAUCUCAUCAACAACCUCAAACUUCAAGCCGCCUAAGCGAACACAUGGUCUAUCCUCCACCACCACCUUACCUCAGCCAUCGCGGGAUCAACCAUCCCAAGAACUCGCGCAAAGACCAUUUCAAUUCACCGUCACUGAUAUGGCCUUGUUUCAUCGUUUCUUGACCUCCAAGGAGCUCACUGGCUGGAGCCCUCGCGCGCAACAAGAACUCUGCCGCCUCGGCUUUGCUCAUCACUACGUCCUACGAUUACUUCUGGCCUUCUCCGGCUUCCAUAUCGCCCAAACACCAGGAGGCCUAUCAACGACUCCUUACAUGGGUGUGCACGCGGACUUUUUAGCCGAGGCCGGACUCCAUCUGGACACCGCAGUACGGGAGAUCAGCACACUUGUAACACAAAUCAGUCCCCAGAAUUCUGCCGCUAUGUAUAGCUCUGCGAUCUUCAUUUUCCUCUCUUCCCUAGCAAAGGGUCCGCAACCGGGAGAGUACCUGGCUUUUCGGGACGAUGGGGCUCCCGGCCACCUGGCGCUAUUUCUUGGGAUCCGCUCCAUAUUCGAACUAUGUCAGAAUGACAUCCAUCCUAGCGUGUUUGCAAUCCACGGCGGCGAGGAUGAAGAAAAAGAAAAGGAUAAACCGAACCCAGACCCAACACAAAUGACCCCCUUGAAGAUCCCCCAUUAUGCUGAUCACUUGGUCACGUUUCGUGAGCUGCUUUCAACCCUCGUCCCCACCUCCGACCCUCGCGCGCCAAGCUAUCAGCAAUCUCUGAAUCAACUCCAUUUCAGCCUCCACGCAGCCCUGGGGUCGGACAUAAAUCCGUCGCUUUUUCCGCUGGUGUUUGCAUGGCUGUAUCAACUGCCUGAUGCGGUGGUCUAUGAUCUGCAGUGUCGAGAGCCUCCGGCUCUCAUCCUCUUUGCUUUCUUUACACUACUCUUGAAUCAACUUACCCCUGUCUGGUUCAUCCGUUUCUGGCCACGGCAUAUCAUGUACGGCAUCUAUUGCAAUCUGGAUCCGUGCUAUCAGCCAUAUAUCCAGUGACUCAUGAACUGAAUUGUGAUAGGACCUGCUCAACUAUGUUUCGGUAUUGAUCACUCGGGAUCAUUCCAUGUCAGUAAAAUCUAGAGUAUUGUGGGGCCUAUGAUAUUGGUCACCUGCAACUCACGACUGAAUGCGUGUCUAUAGAAC